UCUUCAAAUAUGUCAGCAUAAAACAACUUUUACAAAUGUGGUUUAACAGAAGCAGCUUAUUCCCCGACUGAUUUCUGGUAACCUUGGACACUGAAUCUGUUUAAAAAUAACCAGGUCCAUUAGUCUAGAAGGAUAAUGCUAGCCUACGUGGGCUCUUAUGCCCUUGUGGCAGCCGAGUGCUAUCACUGACACGGCGCGUCAGCACUUCUUACUGUUGCUCCAACAGUGGAGGGCUCCUCUUCAUUUACAGACACAUUUUUUGCCCACAUAAACACGCGCAUUGUUCAUGCGAGUUCGCUAAAAUCGCUCAAGGAAGGAGGUUGAAUAUGUGGAAACUUACUUUGCACACCCGCUACGUGGGUCCCACUUGGUUGAAAAGAAAAAAAAAUGAUGUAAGGGGAUAACUAUAUGGGUGUUUAUCAGUGAAGGCUAUUGGUAUUGAGCGGCCCGUUGUUUGAAGGUUAUGUUUCUGAGCAGUAAUUGAAAUGCAAAAUAACAUUAGGAUCGAUGGUUAGCUUUGUUUAUUUAUGGAAUCAAUAUUGGAACCGUCCGUCACAGCGGCAGCUCCCAUUUCUACUGACAGCUUCACCAAGUCUCCUCUGUGGAAGGCGGACCGGCCUACGAUUUUUUCACAAAGCGCUUUUUUAUGGUCUUCUUUGGAAAGCUGUGAGCAAAUGACGGGCCCGUGUGUCGUGUGUGCAUAAAAUAUAGAGGAUUCUCCAGGAUAUAUUUUUAAAUUAGGAGAAUAAAUUGAAAAAGAUAAACAUUAUUUAGUUGAGUUUAGUCACACAUCAUUCAAAGUAUACAAUACAUGGUACAUACAAGCCGAUACGGUAUAUGUUUAUACAAUUAGAUGUGCUAAAAGGAAGCAAUUUAAAGCAUUUAGUACGGGGCCUAGUCUUCCACAAAUAUGAGAUAUUGGCCAAAUAUAACAUACACAGACACACAAUUAACUACGGACAAUUUCAACAUUCUGGUUACAUUGGAUUUGAUGCCAAGUAUCUUAGUAGUGUUAUCCAAAGAAUCAGCAUGUCUAGUUGGUUGUCUAUUUGUUUAGUUGUUUUUGUUUGUUUUCUUGUUUUGUUUUUUGUUGUUUCUUUUUGUUCUUUUUUCUCUCUUCAUUGUGUGAAGUUAAAGUCGAAGGACAGGAGUAUCCCACGAAAUAAGACUGCUGGACGAUGAGAUCAGGGGUGGGAUUAAAUAAAUUUUCUUCUUCCCAAUCCCCUUUGAGCGAAAACAAUUAGUGCUGCUGAAUAGAAUGGCCGCCGAUGACCGGCACCUUCCCUCCAGCUGUGGGUCCUACAUUAAAACGGAACCGUCCAGUCCGUCCUCAGUCAUCGACACGGUCAGCCACCACAGUCCCAGCGGCAACUCCGACGCCAGCGGUGGCUAUGUCAGCACUAUGAACAGCCACUCCAACGGCCUGGACUCUCCGCCCAUGUUCACCCCCGGCGGACUGGCGGCCGCCACCUGUCGCAAACGCUACGACGACUGCUCCAGCACCAUCAUGGAGGACUCGUCCAUUAAGUGUGAAUACAUGUUGAACUCCCUUCCCAAGAGGCUGUGCCUGGUCUGUGGAGAUAUAGCUUCGGGGUAUCACUACGGCGUGGCCUCUUGUGAGGCCUGCAAAGCCUUUUUCAAAAGGACGAUACAAGGCAACAUCGAAUACAGCUGUCCUGCCACGAAUGAGUGCGAAAUCACAAAACGGAGACGCAAAUCGUGUCAGGCUUGUCGCUUCAUGAAAUGCCUGAAAGUGGGGAUGCUGAAAGAAGGUAAGAAGAGGGUGCGCUUGGACCGUGUACGAGGGGGCAGACAGAAGUACAAGAGGAGGUUGGACACUGAAAACAAUCCAUACCUGGGCUUGGCGCUCCCCCCUCCUACCAAAAAGCCUCUCACAAAGAUAGUAUCUCAUCUGUUGGUGGCAGAGCCAGAAAAGAUCUACGCCAUGCCAGACCCUACAAUGCCGGAGAGCGACAUAAAGGCUCUGACCACGCUGUGCGACCUCGCUGACCGCGAGCUGGUGGUCAUCAUCGGCUGGGCCAAGCACAUCCCAGGCUUUUCUACUUUGUCGCUGGGAGACCAGAUGAGUCUGCUGCAAAGCGCCUGGAUGGAGAUUCUCAUCCUUAGCAUCGUAUUUCGUUCGCUACCUUACGAGGACGAGCUGGUGUACGCCGAGGACUACAUUAUGGACGAGGAGCACUCGCGGCUGACGGGCCUGCUCGACCUUUACGUGUCCAUCCUGCAGCUGGUUCGCAAAUAUAAAAAGCUGAAAGUGGAGAAGGAGGAGUUUGUGACCCUCAAGGCCAUCGCGCUCGCCAACUCAGACUCCAUGCACAUAGAGGAUAUGGAGGCUGUCCAGAAGCUGCAGGACGCUCUGCACGAAGCCCUGCAGGACUUCGAGAGCAGCCAGCACCCGGAGGACCCGCGGCGGGCGGGAAAACUGCUCAUGACCCUGCCCUUGCUGCGGCAAACGGCCACCAAGGCCGUGCAGCACUUUUAUAGCAUCAAGGUGCAGGGCAAGGUUCCCAUGCACAAACUCUUCCUGGAGAUGCUGGAGGCCAAGGUCUGAUUCUUGGAGCUGCUCGGCGAGACUUUUUGGAAGCACGACUUCAAGGGAGAGGGAGACAUCAGCUUCCUCUUCCUGCAACACUGGGACACCAUCUUUAAAAAAAACAAAACAAGAAGAAGAAAAGAAAAACAACCAGAAGCAAUCUUGGUGAUUAAUAUAAAAUAUAAGAAUGAUAAUUUAAAAUAUAUAAGAAAUACUAUGUACAGUAAUAAUUUCUUUUGUUAAUUGUUGGUGGUCAUACUCCCAGGUGUCCUUUAGCUACUUAAGACGCCAGAAAAAUCGGGAGGUGUCGACAACAACCCUCUCUCCAAUGUGUUUUCAUCUGGGGUGUGUGUAUAUAUUUAUUAUCGGAGGACUGCGUGUACAGUUUAAAGUCUGUUGAUAUCGGUGGCCAUUUUCUCCCUCCCUUCACUCGCGGGGAAGGGAGGAAAAAAAAAAACUGCUUAAAUGUGAACUGUUAACACCUCAAAUGUCCUCGGACAUCCAGUACAGUACCUCUCGGGAGCAGUGUGGGUCAAAUGGGAAGGCUUGUUUAACCAAACUAGCAUAGGCAGUUGCACUAGUUGGUAGUCUUCUUCUGUAGUGACUCAGCAAUAAAUGAUGGUGCGGGAACGCCAGGCUCAACCUUCAUUUUUCACGCCGCUCGCUCGGAUCCGUCGCACGUGCGCAAACCCUUCCCCGUGUCGUGUCCUUUUUAAGCCGGUGGAAAUGGAAGCUCCAGGUGAAAGCCGAUCGUCGGUAUCAAAGGCUUUCUGUCGAGUGGCGCUAGUCCAGGAGAUUCCAUAUUCAAACAAUCAGAGGCCCAUAUGUCAAAGCGCUCUAUUUUGGAACCCUUUAAGCCACGGCACAGUCAUCCCACACACUGGGAGCAAGGUGGCUAGCAUCUGCUCUCGCCAUCUUAGACACCUUCCGUCUUUAAAUAGCCGUCGGCAUUUAUAGAGGUGAACGGCAGGUGCGCGGACACUUCAUACCGGCUUUAUAUUUAACGCUGCCAGAGGUCGUCGCCCGCGCGGCGGAUCGCUUCUUGACCCUCGCGUUGACACGGCGGCCCGUGCCGAAUGACACAAUCGCCCGGCGGCUCGCUCGGCGGGCGGGAUGGCAGAGCUAUGCAAGAAACAAAGUGUCAGCAUGCGCCGCGCAGGCCAACGAUGUGUCACCACAAGGUGUGAUCCCUGCUGGGAGAAGUAGAUCUCAGCCUCCCUUUUGCAACACGUCCAUUACGCCGUUACACAUUAGUCUGCACCAGUGUUGUUUUCGUCAACAAUGUCGAUAAUGAAAAUAUUUCGUCGACGAACAAUUUUUUCAUGACGAUGACCAGCUAAAAACAUGGCUCGGGAGACUAGAGCGUAACCGGACGAAUACCAGUUUUUGCUUGCUGAGACGAAAAUGCGACAUAUAGUGCUGGCCAAAAGUAUUAGCAGCUCUGCAAUUAUGUCAGAUAAUGCUUCAUUUUUCCCAGAAAACGAUUGCAAUUACAAAUGCUUUGGGAGUAAUGUCUUCAUUUAUUUUUGCUUGCAAUGAAAAAACACAAAACAACGGGGACAAAAAAAUGAAAUCAUUAUCAUUUUACACAAAACUCCAAAAAUGGGCCGGGCAAAAGUAUUGGUACCCUCAGUGUAAUACUUGGUAGCACAAGCUUAAGACAAAAUAACUGCGAACAACCGCUUCAAUGAGUUUCUUACAAUACUAGACCAUUUUUCUUUGGCCAACUAAUCCAGGUCUCUGAGAUUUGAAGGGUGCCAUUUUCAGUUCUUUCCACAGGUGUUCUAUAGGAAUCAGGUCUGGACUCAUUGCUGGCCACUUUAGAAGUCUUUCUCUCAAACCAUUUUCUAGUGUGUUUUGGGUCAUUGUCUUGCUGGAAGACCCAUGACCUCUGAGGGAGACCCAGCUUUCUCACACUGGGCCCUACGUUAUGCUGCAAAAUUUGUUGGUCGUCUUCAUAAUGCCAUGCACACGGUCAAGCAGUCCAGUGCCAGAGGAAGCAUAGCAACCCCAAAACAUCAGCCAUGUUUGACUUUGGGGACCGUGUUCUUUUCUUCGAAGGCCUCGUUUUAGCCCCUGUAAAAUCGUUGAUUUCUUUUCCCAAAAACUCUAACAUUCCUCCAAAAACAUUUUUGGCUUUCUCAGAUAAGUUUUGGCAAACUCCAGCCUGGCUUUUUUAUGUCUCUGGGUCAGAAGUGGGGUCUUCCUGGGUAGGGUCCCUUUUCAUUCAGACGUCAACGGAUUGUAUGGGUUGACACUGUUGUACCCUCGGACGGCGGGACAGCUUGAACUUGUUUGGAUGUUCGUCGAGGUUCUUUAUCCACCAUCCGCGCAAUAUUUCGGGGAAAUCCCUCGUCAAUGUUUCUUUUCCGUCCACAUCUAGGGAGGUUAGCCACAGUGCCGUGGGCUUUACACUUAUUGAUGACACUGCGCACGGUAGACAUAGGAACAUUCAGGUCUUUGGAGAUGGACUUAUAUUCUUGAGAUUGCCCAUGCUUCCUCACAAUUUUGCUUCUCAAGUCCUCUGACAGUUCUUUGGUCUUCUUUCUUUUCUCCAUGCUCAAUGUGGUACACACAAGGACACAGGACAGAGGUCGAGUCAUCUUUAAUCCAUUUUAACUGGCUGCAAUUCUGAUUUAGUUAUUGCCACCUACUGUUAAGUGCCACAGGUAAGUAACAAGUGCUGUUAAUUACACAAAUUAGAGAAGCAUCACAUGAUUUUUCAAAGGGUGCCAUUACUUUUGUCCGGCCCAUUUUUGGAGUUUUGUGUAAUUAGGAGUGGGAACCUCUUUGUUCCUCACGAUACGAUACGAUUUGCAAUACAGAGCUCAUGUUAACGAUGAUCUGACGAUAUGCCGAUACAACGAUUAUCUAUACAUUGGUCAGGAAAUCAUUCUACAAACAACUAAUGAACAGAAAAACAAGCUUCUGCUGUGAAUUGGAAUGAGUUCAUUACUAGUAAACGUCCAAUCCAUUUAAAUCCCUCCCACUUCAAACGGAUUAAACGUCUAUGGUCGUCAGUGGGAGCCAAAUGCCAGGCAAUGAGGUCAUUUGGGGCCCUUUAAGGUCAUUUACCUGUUAAUUUUCAGUUACUUCCUGUUGAUUUUGGGGUAUUUUAUGGGUCACUUCCUGUAUAUUUUGAGUUACAGAACAGGAAGUGACCUGGGAAUCACCCAAAUGAAUAGGCAGUGACUCAAACUCAACAGGAAAUGACCUGUAAAUGCCUUAAAAUGAACAGAAAAUGACCUGUAAAUGCCCCGAAAAUCGGACAGAAUGACUGUGAAUGCUCUGGUUUCGAAUGAAGGCACGUCCCAGCCUAAAUGGAUUGGAGUCGAGCACCGUCAAUGGCAGCUGUAGAGUUAACAGACACUAUUAUGGUGGAAGAUUUUGGUAGCACCUUGUUGGUUCCUUUUUUUUUUUUUUUUUUUUAAACAUUGACACCUUUUUAAAACAAUACCUCGAUUCGAGGCAGGAGCAUAUUGAUAACUAGGGUUGUUCUGAUCAUGUUUUUUUGCUCCCGAUCCGAUCCCGAUCGUUUUAGUUUGAGUAUCUGC